UGUAAAUCAUCUGUCGACUGUGGCAACUCAGAGGCUCCUCCUCUCAUCCCCAGGAUAAAUACCUCGACCAAAUAGAAUUAGAAUUAGACAGGUCUCAGGAAUUACCUGGAACAAGAAGCUUGGUUAUACACUCACCAUGAUGCAGCUAUUGUUGUUGUGCGCCGUGUUAGGGGUGGUCCAGGCACUAGCUGAACCCAUAGUUACUGCUAACCCUGUGUCUACCCCUACCCCAUUGGCUACACCUGCCCCAUUGGCUACGCCUGACCUCGUGGCUACACGCUUACAAGGACAAGGACACGUUCACCAUCACAACAGUGGCCUCAGUAUCGGUCAUGGUGGCCAGUUUGGUAGGCCUGGUGGUCGGUUUGGUAGUCAUGGUAAUCUUGGUAGCCAUGGCAACCUUGGUGGGCGUGGCAGUCUAGGGAGUCUUGGGAAUCAUGGGAGCCAUGGCAGUAUUGGUGGUCAUGGUAGCCAUGGUAACCAUGGCAGACACAGCAACUUUGGUAGCCAUGGUAACUUUAGACGCCAUGGCAGCCAUGGAAGUAUUGGUGGCCUUGGUAGCCAUGGUAUCCAUGACAGCCACAGCAACUUUGGUAGCCAUGACAACUUUAGACGCCAUGGAAGUGUUGGUGCUCAUGGUAGCCACAGUAACUUGGGUAGCCAUGGCAACUUUGGUAGCCAUGGUAACCUUGCGAGCCAUGGCAGACUUGGUAGUCAUGAGCGUUUUGGUAGCCAGGGUAACCAGUUCGGCAGACCAGCGGGACAUUCUGUUGGACUGGGCAGUGUUGUCCCUGUUGACUUUGUUCGUGCCUCAGUCAUUAGUUAAAAAUAGUUCCCCUACACACCACUAGUAUAAGUGAACCAAAUACUACUAGUGCCCCAACACCACUAGUAAUAGCAUCCGCACACUACUAGUAUAACUAAAACAAACGCUACUAGUAUUAGAGUCCCCACUAAGACAAACACUUCUAGGAGAUUAUGAAUUAGACUUAUGUACAACAUCUGGGUAACUGUUUUGUAGACGUGUCGCCAACCAGUGGCUUUAUUAAUGUUCAGUACCGCAGUCUUGAUAAAUCUGAACCACUGGUAGCAAGACUACAGUACUGAACACCUGCUCCUUGACUGAGGGACUAAUUACCUUCUACCUCUUCAGUCUUCUGUAUUGCACAGAUGAAGUCACUGGUUGGCGAAAAGUCUACAGAAUAAAAAUACCCAUAUGUUACAUAUACGUCUAAUACAUCAUCUUCUCGGUAUUAUAUACCUCUGAUAUAUACUACUGUUAUAGACAGUGACUACAUACACCUUCCUCUGCAAUAUUAUAAUAUUCAUAUGUAAAACACUGACCCUUAUGAUCAUACAGAGCCUGGUGAAAAAAAACAAAUAGUAACAUGUGUUAAGUAGAAGAGAUGAGGGUAACUUGUGAUUCCUUAAAUCAAGAACAUAUAUAAACUUGGGAAUGGUUGGUUUUGAGAAGGCUUGCUGCAGUGUCUCCAUUCUUAUGUUUUCAUGUAAAUACAUCACUACCAUUGUGUUCUAGACCUAUGUAGACAUUGGUGGCCUGGUGGCUAAAGCUCUCACUUCACACACCGCGGGCCCGGGUUCGAUUCCCGGCGGGUGGAAAAAUUUCGAUGUGUUUCCUUGCACCUGUUGUCUUGUUCACCUAGGAGCAAAUAGGUACCUGGGUGUUAGUCGACUAGUGAAGGUCGCAUCCUGGGGGACAAGAUUUGAGGACCCAAAUGGAAUUGAGUUAGACUCCUCGAUGACGCACUGACUUUCUUAGGGUUAUCCUGGUCAGAAAACAUGACAAGUGUUCCUGACGCGGGUCUUAGAUGAUGAUCCACCACUGGAGUUCUUAGUCAUCUGACCGAGGCCUUCCACUGGCUUACCAGUCCACCACUUUAAAAACUGUUAAUAUAUUUACGUUAUUGUGGCACAAGUUACUGUUUUGUAUAUGAUGAAAUAUAUGAAUUAAUAUCACUG